ACCGCGUGCAUUAGUGCGUGUUCUGGACCCAACAUCAUAGCGUCGAUGGCGGAUGCAUUGGCCAAUUGUAUACGGGAUCACCUCGUGAACUUUUAUCUCAGACUCUCUAAAUACCGGGAAUACUCUGACCCUGGUCUCUCUAAUUUAUUUGCUUGUUUCAUUGCCAGGGACUUCAUCCUCAACUAAUUCCAAAAAUGGACUGUUUCUUGUUUUGGGCGCUCGACUAUAGCCUGGGAGGCUUUGCUGUCUCGCUAUUUGGCACAUUGUGGAUAGCCCUGGUAUUUUGGUAUCUAGCGACCUAUCUCAUUUCUCCUUUACGCAGGAUCCCUGGUCCCUUUCUCGCCGGUGAGUUGUGGAAGCCACUUGCGCCAGGGCUUGGAAGCCGUCCUGUCGCAUUAGUCUCUGUUGUCGUCAUUAACCUCUCGAUCGUAGGAUGGACCAACCUCUGGCGCAUAUACCAUGUCACACAGGGACAGUCUCAGGUAGUUCUCCAUGAGCUUCACCAGAAAUAUGGCCCUGUGGUGCGGAUCGCCCCUAAUGUCGUCGACUUGGAUCUACCCGCGAUGAUCAAAACAAUCUACAACACAAAGGGGGAUUAUCGAAAGACCGAAUUCUACCAUGGUAGUAGUGCCAAAAGCAACGGCCAAAUUAUUUACAACCUAUUCAGCGAGUGUGACCCCGAUAUCCACGCACAACAAAAGCGACCUAUUGCCAAGUAUUACUCCUUGACCGGUGUCCUACCCCUUGAGCCCCAUAUUGAUGAGGUGAUCAACUAUCUCUGUCAGAGGCUAGAAGAAGAGUUUAUUGAUGGAUCAAAUACUGGCAUAACAUGCAAAUUGGAUCAGUGGCUGUUGUUCUACACAUGGGACGUGGUAGGACAAGCCACCUUUAGCGAGCCCAUCGGCUAUCUCAAGAAUGGCUUCGACUUCGACGGCACCAUCGCCAUCUCUGACACCGCUAUGGACUAUUUCUCUCUCGUGGGACAACUCCCAGUCCUAGACCAUCUCCUAGACAAGAAUCCUAUCUAUCGAAUCGGGCCCCCAGCAUUCGGUAAUAUCACAAACAUCUCGAUAAAACAUUUACUUGACCGAGUGCAAGGCAAGGACACCAGCUACCACGAUGCAAAUAAGCCCGAUUUCUUAGACAGGUUCAUCGACGCCAAAGACAAAUACCCUGACAUUGUCGAUGACAGCCAGAUUAUCUCGUACCUCAUGAUCAAUAUGAUCGCAGGUGCAGAUACAACAGCCAUCACGCUGAAUGCGGCGAUUUAUUUCGCUUUGAAGAACCCUCGGGUGUGGGCGCGCCUGCAAGAGGAGAUUCUUGCCUGUCAAUCGAGCCUGGACGCCGCACCGUCGGCCGUACCAUACCACAUUGCAAGUGCACUUCCAUACCUCAACGCGGUGGUCCGCGAGGCAAUGCGGAUGCAUCCCGGAGUCGCUAUGACAUUGGAACGGUAUGUGCCACCCGGAGGGCUCACCCUACCAAAUGGCCAAUACAUCCCUCAGGGGUGCAUUGUCGGUAUGAAUCCGUAUGUCAUUGGUCGGAAUCGGUCUGUCUGGGGCGAGGAUUCCGACGUGUUUCGCCCUGAGAGGUGGCUACGUGACGAUUCCCAGGAAAGUGAAGAGGAGUACCAGGCACGCUUACGGUUGAUGAAUAAUUCCGACCUUGCGUUUGGCGCUGGGAGCCGCAUAUGCAUUGGAAGAAACUUGGGUCUCCUCGAGGUAUACAAGGUGAUGGCCACACUAAUCUCACGUUACAAUAUCGAGUUGGCUCACCCACACCGCGACUGGAAGACACACAACAGCUUCUUUGUUCGACAAGAGGGCAUCGAUGUUAAGCUAUCCCGUCGUCGCUGCUAAAAGUGUGUUGCAGUCAUUGUAAAUCCAAGACGUAUCCUAUUUCGUGUCAUCUUUCAGGUGUUAGCAGUGCCGCCACCUAAUUGUUUUUUUUUUUUUUUUUUCCAUUACAGCCCAUGGCCAUCUUGAACAAUCUGGUGGACCACACGCCGUUCAUUGCUUUCUGUGUUUAGUUUUUACGAGCUAUUAUAUACCUAUAUAUGUUUAUUUGCGACUCAAAACAGUCAAUUAACCAAGAGACAAUCUGAUCAGCCUUCGAGAACAUAUAG